CAACAGUAUAAGCUGCUUCAAGGCCAUGCUUUCGAUCUCGCAUUGAGCGAUUGUGGUGGAGCUCAGGAAAGGUCUUUCAGGUGCAGAGCAUCAUGCCUGACGCUUUCUUUCAGAAGAAACGCAAGAGAACGGCGCCAAAUGGCCGUGGAAGCUCUGCAGCUGGCCCUUCCCCAUCAAAGGUAAAGAAGGGCAAGGCGAGACGCAUUGAUCGAGAUGCUUCGGUUUCUGAAUCCGAAGGUGGUGGUGACGAUGCAGGUGGUAUUGGAGAUAUAGAUCUACGGCAUGAUUACGACGACGAUGAGGGCCGGGAGAACGAGACACACGCGCAAGCCAGGGUGCGCCUUGCGAAAGCAUACCUAGAGGGCAUUAGAUCAGAGCAGCAAGCAGAGCAAGACGACUUGGCGUAUGGUGCUGACGCAGCAGAGAUCGAUCGACAAAACAUCGCUGCUCGGCUGCAGCGAGAUGUCGAGGAGCAAUCGAGCCGAAUGCACAUCUUCAUCUCUUCCUACCUCUCCCGUCCUUCAACCUCAAAAGACGCAAUCGGAGACUCGAGUCAAGGGCAUUUGCCAGUGGAAAACGUUCUGGCUGUGAGGGGACACAAGCUCAGCAUCACAGCCACGGCCGUCACACCUGAUUGCCACUACCUUUACACCGGAUCCAAGGAGGGGCAUAUUUUCAAGUGGGACCUGAAGGAUGGGACCCUGGUGCGCAUAUUGGGAAAGCGACCGCGCGUCAGUGCUCUGAUGACCAGCACAGAAAAACAAGAAGAAACUAAGUUCAGUAAGCGCAGCGGUGCUGCCAGGCGGAGAGCGAUGCGUGAGGCAAAGGCGAGGGGCCCAAGAGUACAAGGGAUCUCAACGAAUGGCGAUCAAACAAUGGAUGUGGAUGGAGAAGAAUUGCGUCUUUUCGUCUCGCUUGGAGAGGGCGAAGGUCAUACAGACGAGAUUCUGACGCUAGCUGUGUCCCCCGAUGGAAAAUACCUCGCCUCUGGCGGCCGGGACACUCGAGUGGGGGUAUGGUCCAUUCCGCCACCCACGUCGUCAACAGCUCCUCAGAAAUCACAACCAAUGGAAAAGUGGCUUCGCGGCUUACGCGGGCACAAGGACGCCAUCACCGCACUCCGCUUCCGCCAAUCAACCACGUCACCGUACGAGCUCUUUUCCACUUCAUACGACCGCAGCAUCAAGCUAUGGGCCGUCGAUCAGCUCUCCUACAUUGAAACGCUCUUUGGACACCAAGACCCCGUGCUGGACUUAAACAUACUCCGUGACGAGACGGCUGUGAGCGCAGGCGGGCGGGACCGCACCGUACGAUUCUGGAAGAUUCGCAACGAGAGCCAGCUCAUCUUUCGCGCAGGCGGCCUCGGCAAGGGUGCAGCAGCAAAAAGAAGCCGGGACAUGCUCGAAGGUGGUGACCUGUUCGACCCUGAUGCGAAGGGCCUCACCAAGUUUAAGACCGCUCCGAGACCGGGUGGUGCUGCGGAGCCUGACAUCACCGGAAGGGAAUUUUUCGAAGGUAGCAUCGACUGCGUUGCGAUGAUCGACGAGACGAACUUCCUCAGCGGAGGAGACAGCGGUGCUAUCUCGCUCUGGAACACCGGCAAGAAGAAGCCAAUCUUCACGCGCCUGCUUGCACAUGGCUAUGACGAAUUCGUCGGACGCAAUGAGGAUGACGAUGUGGACAGGAAGUUACCUCAACCGCGAUGGAUUACCGCCCUUGCGUGUCUGCCUUACGGCGACAUCUUUGCCAGCGGAUCAUGGGAUGGUGAAAUCAAAAUCUGGGGUAUCGAAAGGUCGCUCCGCAGUUUCAAGCAGCUGUACUCGAUUCCAGCUGCCGGUUUCGUCAACUCCCUGCAGCUCAUUAGUCCUCCGACACCUGCGAGGAAAGAUCUGGGAGCAUACAUUCGACCCGAGCUGUGGAGGCGACGCGGCGGGCUCGUCGACAUUCAGGGCAGCAACGACGCCAAGAAGCAGAUUGAAACGGCUUUGCCUAACCUCGAUGGAAACGCCAACGAUGCCAACGAGGAGGAUACCGAUCAAGUGGUCAGUCACAAGGUGCGCAUCGCAAAGGAGCGCUCAUCGCCGAUGCUCAUCGCUGGCCUCGGCAAGGAACACAGACUCGGGCGAUGGAAGAAAUUGGAGACGCAAUUUGGGACAGAGGCAGCAACUGUUCGCAACGGCACAUUGAUAAUUUCGCUUCCCUUGAAGGACUGAACUGUGACAUCCUGUCCGCAAUGGGAAUAACAAGCAAUAUGUAAUCGGAACCAAACU